AUGGAUCGCUUGAUCGAGCUAUCGGUCCAGAAAAUGCCUCAAGCAACCGCGCUGAUCUCACGGGACGGUGAGAUGACAUACACUGAGUUUGAUCAAGCUGCUUGCCGUCUUGCCAAGUAUUUGGAGCAGGCCGGCAUUCGGAGAGGACAAUUGGUGCCAAUUUGCUUUGAAAAAUCUCCUGGGGCUGUCAUUACCAUGGUUGCCUUGUGGAAGUUAGGAGCGGCGUACGUACCUCUGGAUCCUGCUCAUCCUCUACAACGUCUCCAAGCGGUCAUAUCGAUAGUAGAGGCAGACAUAGCUAUCGUGUCUGCCUCCAACAAAAUCCUUGUUCAAGAUAUCGUCCGACGUGUCAUCACCGUUGACCCGACUCUUCUCUCUGCUACCGAUGUCGUAUUUGAGUCACGGUCGCAACCUAGAGACACGGCAUUUGUGAUAUUCACAUCGGGAAGUACGGGCAGACCGAAAGGUGUUGUGCAUGUCCAUUCAGCUGUGUGCUCAAGCGCGCUUCGCCAUGGCCCAGCCAUGAGCAUCAGCCAAGCUACUCGCGCCUUGCAGUUUGGGUCAUACACAUUUAUCGUCAGCACAUUUGAGCUCUUCACGCCGCUCAUCUUUGGCGGGUCAAUCUGUAUUCCAUCUGAGCAGGAUCGGCAAACGGACAUCCAGUCAGCCUUGCGGGCAUUCAAAGUCAACUGGGCCAUCUUCACGCCGAGCUUUGCUCGCUCUCUCUCCACUGAAGAUACACCGUUGCACACGCUCGUUCUCGCAGGGGAACCAGUUCAGGAUGACAUAAUGGACCGAUGGGCACCAAAGGUCGACCUCAUCAGCAUCUACGGGACGAGCGAGUGUUCAGUCUGUAUAACGGGCCGCAUGGUUCAUGGCCAGACCCCGCGCAACUGCAUUGGUCGCGCAACGGGCUCGUUGUCGUGGAUUGUCGAUCCUAUGGACCACAACCGACUGCUGCCGAUUGGGGCUGUCGGCGAGCUUGUGAUUGAAGGACCCAGCUUGGCUCAGGGAUAUCUGGGUGAGCCGGACCGCACCCAGUUUGCAUUUAUCGAAGACCCUUCUUGGGUACACUUGGUUGGGCCUAAGUCGCUGCAGCGACGGCGGUUCUACAAGACGGGAGAUCUGGCGCGAUACUAUGAUGACGGAACUGUUCAUCUUGUGGGUCGCGCGGAUAUGCAAGUCAAGGUCCGCGGGCAGCGUGUCGAGCUCGCCGAGAUCGAGUCACAUCUGUGCCAGAUGUCGCCCAGCAUAAGUCUGAAAUUUGCAGUCUCCUUAAUUUUCCCGAGGGGCACGCCCAUGCUAGCUGCCUUCAUCGCACGACAGAGCGGUUUUGGCCCAGAAUUCCCGUACGACUUCUCUCACAAACCCGAACCCGCUAGUAAGGCAGAGCUCUUAGAGCUGGCGAUGCAGUUGAGCAAGCGGCUGGCAAUGAUGCUACCGUCGUACAUGAUUCCCGCUGUCUUUCUCCCGCUCGCGUAUAUGCCUCUGACCGCGUCGGGCAAGAUGGAUCGCCGCAAAUUGGCCACCUUCGGUUCCACCCUCUCGCAUACACAGCUUGCAGAGCUGGCACGCGGUAUGGGUCGCAUUGUGCCAUUAACGGCAAUGGAGAUGGAGCUGGAGAGUUUGUGGUCCAGGGUCCUCGUCCUGCGACCUGGUGCUGUCGGCGCAGAUGACAAUUUCUUUCAUUGGGGCGGCGAUUCGAUCCAGGCGAUUCGCCUUUCGCAGGCCGCUCGCCGACAAGGCUUCGUCCUUGCUGUCCAGGACAUCUUGGCUAACCCGACACUAUCAGACAUGGCCAAACAUAUGACGCCCACGAUUGGCUCUGGGACUGUUGAUCCGCGCCCCUUUGAGCUGUUUCAAUGCAAUGUGGGAGAAGAGGCGCGAGCAGCCAUUGCUGUGGUUCUCGACCUCGAGGAGGGCACAGAGAAACUCGACGAUGCAUAUCCUUGUACCCCACUACAGGAAGGCCUUAUGGCACUGUCCGCAAAAUUGAGCGGCUCGUACGUUGCUCGUCACACACUCAAUCUCCCAGCCACUAUUAGCACCCAGCAAUUUCAGGACGCCUGGCAGAGGGUCGUAGAUUCUCACGCCGCCCUUCGCACUCGCAUCGCAGAGGUUGAGGGCUUUGGCAUGAUACAAGCUGUCCUCAGUGGCCCGAUCAAAUGGCAGAAGGCAGAAGAUCUUGAAAGCUAUCUCACGCUCGACGAGCAGCGGCCGAUGUGGAUGGGAGACCCUUUGGCUCGACAUGCCAUCAUCCAGAGCAAUAACCACUCAGCACUGUAUCAUUAUGUACUCACCAUCCACCAUGCUAUCUACGACGGCCUAUCGCUGCCGAUACUCUUACAAGACCUCAACGAAGCCCUUCGAGGUACGGGCAUCAAACCCCGCCCCCAGUUUAACUCCUUCAUCCGCUAUGUACUAGCGAGCAAUAGAGAAGACGCACAACAGUUUUGGAAAUCUGAGUUAUCUAGCGUCGGGCUAGCUACCUUCCCUGUGCUACCUUCAAAGACAUACUCGCCAUUAGCAAAUGCCUCUUUCCAGUAUCGCAUUAGCCUCCAGCGUAAAACCCGAUCUGACUUCACCACAGCGACACUCAUCAAGGCUGCAUGGGGCUUGCUGCUAGCACGAUACAACGACUCACCCCAGGCUGUAUUCGGAUGCGCUGUGAGUGGGCGCAUCUCGGCGGUCUCAGGAGUAGAAGACAUCGUCGGGCCUGUCCUUGCCACGGUGCCUGUAAAGAUAGAGUUGGACCAGCAGCAGUUAGUGGAAGACUUCCUGUGCGGCAUACAGGCCCAAUACAUCGCCAUGAUUCCCUUUCAAGAUUAUGGCCUACAAAAUAUUGCGCAAUUAAGUAGCGGUGCAUCAGCAGCCUGUAACUUUCAGACACUGCUCGUCAUCCAGCCGGCCGACUCACAGGUAGACAAGGAUAUUUUUGUUAGGCCAUUCUCGGCACCUCGCGCUAAUUUCACCACCAUUGCUCUCUCUCUAGAGUGCAGCUUAUCAGCUGAGAGCAUCCACCUCCACUGCCCAGGUGCAGCGUAUGGUCCAGCAAUUCGAGCAUGUAAUCUUGCAGCUCAACUGCAAGAUCCGAUGUCGCCUUUCUGGUAUCGAGCUCAUCAGCCCCGAAGAGCUGAUUGCGUACACCACCUCGUCAAGAAGCAAACCAUGCGACAGCCAAACACGCCUGCGGUCUGCUCGUGGGAUGGAGACGUAACGUAUGCAGAACUAGAUUACUACUCGUCGAAGCUAGCAGUGCAUCUUUUGGAUAUUGGUGUAGGGGCCAAGGACUUUGUCCCUAUCUGUUUCGAAAAGUCUAUGUGGGUGAUUGUCGCUAUUCUAGGCAUUAUGAGAGCUGGCGGUGCAUUUGUGCCCUUGGGCCCAGAUACACCAUACAGUCGCCUUGUAAUGGCCACGCGGGAAGUUGGUGCCCAUUUCAUGGUCUGUUCCAAGAAGCAGCUCCAUCGCUUUCCGGAUCUCGUCGACCGUACUGUUCCUAUUGGGCCUGGCUUUAAUGCUCUUGUAAUAAACACGCCAAUGCCGGUACUACUGCUACCAGCUGUGACUCCUACGGGGGCCGCGUAUAUGGUCUUUAUCUCCGGAAGUACAGGAAUGCCUAAGGGGAUCGUCAUGGAGCAUCAGGUCUUUUGCACAAGCGCCCUAUGUCACAAAGAGGGGUUGUUAAAUGAAGAAUCGCAUCCUGGAAGUGCACCGUUACUUGAAGUGUUAUGUUUAACUGGUGAAGUAAUAUCAACAACCCUCAUCGAGACAUGGGCACCGUGCGCGCACCUGGUAAAUGCCUAUGGCCCCUCUGAGUGUUGCGCUGCCAGCUCGAAACGCGAUGUGAUUAUUGGCUCGAAUCUAAGAAACAUUGGCACUGCAAUUGGGACAGCUUGCUGGGUCAUCGACUAUGAGAACCAUCACCAGUUGUCGCCAAUGGAGAAGACAGCAGAAACUUUCGUCCCGCGUCCAACCUGGUUACCCUGGGGCAGCUGUGGUCGCCUGUAUAAAACAAAGGAUCUUGUGCGAUAUGUGCCGGAUGGAUCAAUGUGGCUUCUGGGCCGUAAGGGAUACUCAGUGAAGUUCCAUGGACAACGUGUCGAGCUAGGUGAGAUUGAAUACAACCCAUUGGGUUUGAUAUUGCCCGUACAUAUGGCGUCGACCAUCUGGAUCGUCAUCGAGAAGAUACUCACCUUGCCUUCGAGCAAGAUUAAUCUGAGGUUGGUAGAUAUCUGGCUGGCCAAAGUACCAUCUGACUUCCAGCCGGCCAUGGAUUCUGUGCCCAAUAUUGUGCCAUCUUUAUCGCAAAUCUAA